AUGAUGGGAUCUGUUGGCCUGAAAGGGUCCGGCGCAGCCGCUGCCCUUGCCCGUCAGAGAAUGACCGCCAUGUCCCGCUCCUCUAGAUCUAUGUCUACCUUGCGGUCACAAAGCCUGCGGUUCCCUAGCCAGCGGAGCCAAUUGAAAUCAGCACUAUCCGGCAGUGCUCCCUGGCGCAUGACACCAGCUGUUGUCGGCCCGGCCGCAAUCCGAUUCAAUUCCACCUCCUCUACCCACCCCGACGUACUCCCUGAAUAUGCUAUAGACGGCUCAUUGAAAAAUACGGUAGACAUGACUGAGAUUACCGCGAUCCCGGAGACCAUUGGAUAUCUCAAGGAGCUUGGGCUGGACUUCGGCUGGGGCUUCACGACGACAAUGCAAUGGCUUAUCGAGCACACUCACAUAUGGACCGGCUUGCCAUGGUGGGCUAGUAUCGUGGCCGUCGGUAUUUUGACUCGUGUGGCAAUGCUGAAGGCUGUCAUUGGCGCCUCCGAGAAUUCUACAAGAAUGACCAACGCCAAACCGGAGACUGAGCCCCUCCGGAAAAGGAUGUUUACUGCCACGACCGAUGGGAACCAGCAGGAAGCCCAGAUUUUGAGGGCCCAGAUCAACGAGAUCAACCAGAAGCACGGCAUUGUCACAUGGAAGUCAUUUAUUCCCAUGUUGCAAAUUCCACUUGGUUUCGGAUGUUUCCGAGUCGUGCGAGCAAUGACUACGUUGCCAGUGCCGGCCCUAGCCGCGGAACAAGUGGGAUGGCUUAAGGAUCUGACUGUUGCUGAUCCUACGUACAUCUUGCCUAUGAUGGCUGCAGGCACGCUGUGUCUGUCUCUGAGGAGAGGUGGUGAAUCCGGCGCUAUGCCCAUGAUGCAAACUGAAGCAGGAAAGUACAUCGUGUAUGGUUUCCCUGUCAUGUCUUUUGCCUUCAUGGCGUUCAUGCCGAGUGCCCUGCAGCUCUACUUUGUGGCAAGUGGUAUUUUCGGCCUAGGUCAAACUUAUUUGAUCAACUCGGAGGCCUUCCGGAAGUGGAUGCACCUGUCGAUCGCCCGGAGACCAUCCAAUGGACCGAAGUACUCGGCAGUUACCCAAAACACCGAAAGCAAGCCCCUUCGCAGGCUGCUGGAACGGCUUGAGAAGGAAAAAGCCGCGCAAGAGAAAGCACAAGAGAAAGCACGCAGCGAACUAGCUGCCUCCCCGGAACAAGGUGGGAAAAUCAGCUUGAUUGACCGCAUCUACAACAAAUUCGGCAAAGUCGGCACCAACUUCUCAAAGUCUGUCUCAGAAAGCAUUGGCACUUCAACGGUGGAGCAACGUCUCGCCAAGGACAAGAAGAAGCGCGCUGAUGAAUACGAACAACAGCGAAAAGACGAGGAUGAGCUCAUGCGGAAGGAGCGUAACGAACUCCGCCGCAAGGAGCACAUGCAAACCCUAGAGAACGAACGGGCCAAGGCAAGCAAGUCCUUGAAGAAUAGCCAGACGGCAGCUCGCAAACCCAACGGGCGGCGUGGCUCUCGCCGUGCUUGA